AUGUCAUACAAACAAAAGGGUGUCAAGACACUUUGGCCAAAGAAGGAGCGCGACUUGUCUCAUCACAAAGAUCACUAUACUUCAAUGUUUGAUGUUAUCAAAGUGAACAACUAUGGUAAAAGACAGCAACGAACGAUUGCAGUGAGUUCAUUGGGAGUAUCAAAUUUGAAUGGACAGUCGUGUCAAUGGUUUGUAAAGAACUCGGAUGUGUACUCGAUCGAUUUGGAUACGAAUGACUCACAGACAUUUACGUUGACGUUGUUACACAAGUAUCGGUUUGAAUCAGAGAGCAUCGAGCAUGCCAAAUCGAUCGUGUCAGAGUUUAAGAGGAUGGGUGUGGGGUGUCGCGGAGGCGCUGCGUCUGGCAUGCAGGGUGACGUCGAUGGCGCGUUGCCGAUUGGCAGCACGGAGAACUCACCCAAGCAUAUCCAUCCACACCACCACUACCGCAACGACAACUCGCUCGGCAGCAGUAGCAGCGGGAGCAGUCUGCCGUCAUCGCCAGUCAUGUCACCCAACAUCUCUCCACAACUCAUCUCACACAAUGCAGCGGCACAAAUAGCCAACACCAACAACAACCAACCGUCAUCACUGUACCUGUCCAACGCCAGUAUCAGCAGUAACAGCAGUAACGGAAGCCAAAGCAAAAAGGACAAAAAGAAGGAAAAGGAACGCGAAAAGGAACGUGAAAAAGAACGUGAAAAGGAACGUGAAAGAGAAAAGGAACGUGAAAAGGAACAAAAGAAACAACAACAACAAGUAUUACAACAACAACCGUCAUCACCACCAUUAUUAAGUCAAUCCCAACAACCACCACCAAAACAACCACUUUAUCAGUCUCAACAACCGACAACAACAUCAUUGAAUCAAUCAACCAAUAUUAGAAUAGAUAGAAGAAAUGUAGCCGCUGAAGAGACGGUUGGAUUAUCUCCACUCACUCCAUCUAGUUAUGUUUUACAUUCAUCAAAUACUCCUCAAGCAACUAUUCCAAAUACACCAAAUGCAUUCUCAAGUGAAGGAGCAAGGGUUUGGAAAAUUCGUGCAGAGGAAUUAAAGAGACAAUUACUUUCAAAAAAAGAUAUCCCAAAUACUAAUUUAUUAAAAAGUUUAAAUGAAACUGAUCAACAACAACAUCCACAAGCAAUUACGAUCAUUUCUCCUCCAUCUACAUCUACAUCAACAACUUCAACAACCACCAAUAAUAAUAAUGUAAUAUUACCGCCAACUACUACCACUACAACAACUACUACUACUACAACUACUGAACAAAUAGAUUUUGAAUAUCCACCUUUAAAAGAAAAAGAAAAAAAGAAAAAGAAAAAAUUGACAAUUGAUGAUUUUGAUUUACUCAAGGUUUUGGGAGUUGGUAGUUUUGGUAGAGUCUUUUUGGUUAGAAAAAAGGAUACAAAGGCACUCUAUGCAAUGAAGGUAUUAAACAAACGAGACAUGAUGAAAAAGAAACAAAUUGCACAUACCAAUACCGAAAAGAUGGUACUCAGUACAAUGGACCACCCAUUCAUCGUACAACUUCACUUUGCCUUUCAAAAUGAAGAAUUUUUAUUCAUGUGUAUGGAUUAUAUUCCCGGUGGUGAAUUAUUCCAUCAUCUUCAAAAGGCUGGUAGAUUCCCAGAGGAAUUGGCUAAAUUUUAUAUAGCAGAGGUGAUCACCUCUUUGGAUUAUUUACAUUCAAAUGAUAUCAUCUAUCGUGACAUCAAACCUGAAAAUAUUUUAUUAGAUGCUGAAGGUCAUAUUAAAUUAACUGACUUUGGAUUAUCUAAAAGUGGAAUUACAAGUGUAGUUGGUAAAUGUGGAGAAGGACAAUUUGCAACUACGUUUUGUGGUACACCAGAAUAUUUGGCACCAGAGAUUAUUACUGGUAGUGGACAUGGAAAGGCAGCUGAUUGGUGGAGUUGCGGUAUUUUAUUGUUUGAAAUGUUGACGGGACGAUCCCCGUUUUUGGCAUCCAACCGAAACGACAUGUACAAAGCAAUGAUACAGGGUAAUCUCAGACUACCCAUCUUUUUGUCGGGCGAGGCACAAGACCUACUCGAAAAGCUGUUGGUACCCGACCCAAAGAAACGUUUGGGGUCUGGACCAACGGGUGUGCAGGAAAUCCAAAGUCAUCCAUUCUUUGAGCUGAUCCCUUGGAGAAUGCUCGAAUCAAAGAUGAUCACACCACCAUUUAAACCAACCAUCAAGGAAAUCAACUAUGCCGCCUCACAGCAGGACCCCGAUCUCAACCCUGCCAUCACAUUCCAACGAAGACGAUCUUCAUCCACACUCAUAUACGACUCGCCAUUUAAAAACUUUAGUUGGAACAAGGAAGAAGAUACUAUAUUGUUGAAUGAGAGAGCAUCAAUUUCAUCAACCUCGGCUUCCCCAACCUCACCUUCACCUUCCUCCCCUACUCAUCCCUCUCCACUCAAUCGUGAAAGGAAAAGUACUCUAAGAAAUUCAUUCACUAGAAAAGGAAGUGUAUAA